UGCUGAUAAGCGUGGGACCAUCUGCUUGGCACAUCUCAAAUAUUUUCAGCAGUGGGAGAGUAGCUCUGAUUUCUUCAGAGAAGGAGGCUGCAGCCGUCCUCGGAGACGUGGGGACCCUCGGAGACCCUACAGGCUGGCGGGGCAGUGGGGCCCCAGGAUUCGAAGGGGCACCGUCCCUGCUGCCACCUCUGACCCUCCCUGAGCAAAUGGAGCUAGUGAGUCUGCACCCCAGGUUUUAAUUGUUCAGCUGCCCUUGGCAACCAGAAAAAUUACCUAAAGAGCCCCUGCCUGAGGCCUCCUCAUGGAUGAGUCGAACGUGACGUCAUUCGUUGAUGAGAAGUCCACAAACGCCUCCACCUCCAGGAAUACCUCUGCCGGGGACCUGCGUCGGGAAAUCCCAUUUGUGCACUGGGUAAUUAUGAGCAUCUCCCCUCUGGGCUUUGUCGAAAAUGGAAUCCUCCUCUGGUUCCUCUGCUUCCGGAUGAGAAGAAAUCCCUUCACAGUCUACAUCACCCACUUGUCUAUUGCAGACAUCUCGUUGCUCUUUUGUAUUUUUAUUCUGUCUGUUGACUAUGCUUUAGAUUAUGAGCUCUCUUCUGGCUAUUACUACACGAUUGUCACCUUAUCAGUGACGUUUCUGUUUGGCUACAACACGGGCCUCUAUCUGUUGACGGCCAUUAGUGUGGAGAGGUGCCUAUCCGUCCUGUACCCCAUCUGGUACCGAUGUCAUCGCCCCAAGCACCAGUCGGCCUUUGUCUGUGCCCUCCUGUGGGCACUUUCGUGCUUGGUGACCACCAUGGAGUACGUCAUGUGCAUUGACAGUGAAGGGCAGAGUCACUCUCGAAGUGACUGCAGGGCGGUGAUCAUCUUCAUUGCCAUUCUGAGCUUCCUGGUCUUCACUCCCCUCAUGGUGGUGUCUAGCACCAUCCUGGUGAUUAAGAUCCGAAAGAACACGUGGACGGCCCAUUCCUCGAAGCUGUACAUAGUCAUCAUGGUCACCAUCAUUAUCUUCCUCAUUUUCGCCAUGCCCAUGAGGCUCCUGUACCUGCUCUAUUAUGAGUAUUGGUCAGCCUUUGGAAACUUGCACCAUAUUUCUCUUCUUUUCUCCACAAUCAACAGCAGCGCCAACCCUUUUAUUUACUUCUUCGUGGGCAGCAGUAGGAAGAAGCGGUUCAAGGAGUCCUUAAAAGUGGUUCUGACCAGGGCUUUCAAAGAUGAAAUGCAACCCAGGCACCAAGAAGACAAUGGCAACACCACCACAGUUGAGACCGUGGUCUGAGGAUGGUGGCCGGAAACCGUGGACAAAAAUGGUGGGGCACAGAUAAUUUGUACUUUGUGCUUGGAAUACCGCUUAAGUAUGUCCUAAAUAUGACACGGAAGGACACCGCAUCCCAUAUGCAUGAGAUACUCAUUAACGAUAAGACCGUAUCCUUGUACUGUAUCUUCUGAAAAAGCCUAAAAAUGUGUUGGACGUCUUUCAUUUCUGUACCUAUAAAAAAAACUUUGGCUCCUCCUCAGCUCUUCCAGCAACAUUUCCCAUAAACUGUAGAAAUUCCUCUAGCAGGAAGGUGUGCAGGUGAGUACUGGAAAAGGUAACAAAAGCAUUUGUUGGAACUUGAGAAGGCGGAGUCACGUAGCAGGAAGAGCAUGGGCUUUGGAGUCAGAUCGACUGUCAUUUGCUUCCUGGGGACCUCAGACAAGUGGUUUGACCUCUAAGAGCCUCUCGUCCUCACUUAUAAAAUGUUUAAUAGUAAUAGUCCACCCCUCCCAGCCUUGUGGUGAGGAUGAACUGGGAGAUGCGGUAUGCUGAGCACUUGGCACAUUGUCAACCCUCAAUAAACAUUAGUCUUUCCUCCUUGAAGUGCAAGGAGAAAGACAUACUUCUGUUUUGUAACUUGUGCAUGUGUGCACGCAUGCACGCACACACAGCUCUAUCAUGUACAAAUAUUGUUAUGUGUUUUCCAAUGUUGAAUGUACAUCUGUGAAGGUCUUUCUGCUUGAGGCAUGAACGCUUUUCAUGGAGCAACACCUCCGCUGGAAGCAUCUGCAGAUGUUACAACAUCCAACCAUCCAUGUGUCAGAGCAUUAUUUCAGGUUGUGAAGAAAAACAUUUGGCCACCAGUAGAGGAGUUUCUCAUGGCUCUUCCUUCCCUCUGUCAGAAUGCUUGGUGUAAUGAAAGUCUGUUUGGAAAUCCUUUGCUUGACAUAAGUUUUCAUGAAUGGAACUUAAUUCACGAGUUUGUGAAGGUGACUGUGUUUUUGGAGGCUCCCCUCCUGCCCCCAUGAAGUGAUGGGUUAUUUACAGCCACAAAGUUCUGCCCCUUGAACUCUUUUUCCUCGUGAGCAUUUCUUUGAGGUAGUCCUGGGAGGAGGCCACGCAGCAGGGGCUGGGAGUUUUGGUCACAUCUCAGAGGGGACCCGGGCAUUUUUCCCAAGAAAAUCUGUGCCGGGCUUGGUCAAUAUCUUAGUGCUCUGCUGCUCGCCUGCCAUGACUUGUGUCUGAGUCUUCAGACAGCAUGCCCUGGGUCUCCCCUAGGAAACACAUCGUGGCCCAUAGACCAUAUUACUAUGUUUCAUUUCCUUCUGCAUCUUCUAGGUGCUCCACAAAAAUGACAGUGCUUUGUGUGGUCCUAGGGGAGUAAAAUGUUCAUGCCUAUAAAUGAACCCAUUAGGAUUUAUCUUAACUGUUUGUCCCCAAAGAGCCAGAGACUUUUCAGAAGAAAUGUCCAUUUCUUCUCCAUCCUGACUUUCGAAAGGAAUGAUCACCUGUGAUCUGAUCGGGGUGC